AAACCGAGUUGAUCAGUUUGCAUUUGGCUUCGUUUGUUGCAGGUCUGGUAUUUUUUUUGAAGCUAUUCAACUAUCGGUAAUCGACUUGUUGCAUGAAAUCAUUUCGAUUUUGUUCACCAAAAAAAAAGUUCAGUCGUUUUUUAGCCACGGUUCGAUAUUGUUGAAUUGAAAUUUUAACUUUGUGUUUUUUUCUAAAACGAUAUUCACUUUAUUGAAUGACCAAAAUGUCACAAACACUACAUUUAAAUCAUCAUGGCGAUAAUGAAUUAAUAUUAAAAUGUCAAAAUUCUUCGUCUUCAUCGUCUAAAUCAUCCUCGAAACGAUUGAAUAGUAAAUCAUCGAUUAUGGGACAUAAUCAUAAUCAUAAUCAUCAUAAUCAUAAUCCAUUACCUUCAUCAGUUGCAAGACGAAAUGAACGAGAAAGAAAUCGAGUUAAAAUGGUCAAUCUUGGAUUCGCAACAUUAAGACAACAUGUACCGAAUGGUGUUAAAAAUAAAAAAAUGAGCAAAGUGGAAACCUUAAGAUCGGCAGUAGAAUAUAUAAGAGAAUUGCAGAAAUUAUUAGGUCAAACGGGCGAUUCAUCAUCAUCAUCGGAAUAUAGCUUUGAUCAGAAUAAUGAAAAUGAAUGUUUGCUCAACAGUUUUGAUCGAUAUGCAUUGCAACUGGUUGAUGGAGAUGAUUCCACAUCACCGAUUGAUGAUAGUAACGAUGGACAACAAGAUGAACAUUGUUAUCCAAUGUCAAUGUUGCCUGUAGAAUGUUCACCAACUUUGGAACAUUCUUCUUCAUAUGCAGCUACGCCAAAUGGAUAUUCUAACAGUAACAACAGUGACAGUACCAGUUAUCAUCAUCAUCAUCAUCAUAAUCUAAAUAGUCCUAAUAAACAGAUAUCGUCAAAUACUACAAAUAGUAUGACAUCGUAUCAUCAUCAUGCAAAUAUUUCAUCACCACCAUCAUCAAUUGGUUCAUCAUCGGAUGGUGGUGGAGGAUCAAUUGGUACUAACGUUCAAACAUCAUCAUUACCAUAUAAUAUUUUAGGAGCAAGUUUACGGCAAUCCUCGCUAGUGUUGGAUUCAUCACAAAACCAUCAUCAUCAUCAACAACAACAACAACAACAUCAUCAUAAUCAUCAUCAUCAUCAUCAGCAACCUGAACAAACAGAAGAUGAUGAUAUGUUUGAUUUUGCCAAUUGGUUUUAGAUUUUGUUGAUUUCAUUAAAUUCGGACACAAUCAUCCAUUCGGGUUAUUCGUGCCAUUUUGCAAGACAAAAAGAAAAAAAUAUCCAAAUAUAGCUAAACAGAAGAAUUAAACUAAAUGGAAAAAACAAAGAUUCUCA